CAUUCUCAAAAAUGGGAAAAAUACGACAUCAGAGAAAAAAAUAUCAUUUGUCAAGAAACUCUGCGGAGCCUAUUAAUGCUGACGAGACUUAUAAUUCACAAUUACCGAUUUUACCAUUACUGAUAAAUGAAAAACAAAAUAUAUUUGCAGACGUUAAAAUUUCCUUUAACGAUUUAAAAAAAACCUUGAAUGAUGAUACAAAAAGCGUAAAAUCGUUUAAAUCUUUUAAAUCAGAAAUAAGCGAUGGUAAACGAUUAUCAAAAAAGGAUAAAAUUGCAUUGAGGCAUGAAUUUAUAUUAAAUAAAAUUAAUGUUGUGGAACAAGCACGAAAAUCUACAUUGGCGAAGAAAAAACGGGAGCAAACUGAAAUUAUCGGUGACUUAUUACCUCUUCGGGAUGCAUUGCCAGCUUUAGAAACUCUUAUUCAAUCCACAAGUUCACAAAAUUUAAAGUCUACACAGAUUAUACAGAAAAAGAAACCUAUUGAAAAAAGGCGAAUACGUGAGAAAAAUACUGUUAAAAAUGUGAAAACAUUUAGGGCACUCAUUUCAAAUAAGGAAUUUAAGAAAAAUCCUUUAAAAAUGAUGACAGAAAUUAUAAAGUCUAGUCAACAAGUUCAAAUUGAUGAAGAAGAUGAAGAAGCUAUGCUUGUACAGAUAAUAGCUGAAUUUUAA